UCACCGGCUCUCCUCGGCCAUUGCCUCCUGCCGCGCCUUCUCGGCUUCUUCGUCGGCCACCGCCCUGAGCAGGACGUAGUCCUUCUCACUGUGGGCUGACUGGCCGUCCUUGAUGGUGGUAAUGGCCUUCUCGACGGUCUGCACCAGCCAGUCGUGGCGGUUCUGGGCCUUCUCGGCUUUGAUCACCCUCUCAGCCUUCUCGAUGGUCUUAGCGAUGGCCUGCAGCUCAGGCUUCUUGGGAGCGGAGAGGCGAAUGGGCUGUCGCACCAGGUUGGUCUCCCGCUGGAGGGGCCUGCUGAAGUACUGCGUGAAUGCUGGCCACACCCCCUGAUCGCAGAAGAAGAGCUGGUUCCUCCUCUUGGCGCCAUAGUAGUCGCCGGCAUUGUUGUGGAUUUGGUCCAUGUGAGGGCGAGGAGCAGGUGGACGAGCAAUGAGCAGAGUUUGUAGGUGUCGCUCGACCGACUCACAGGACCAAAGUGGGCGCCGCCGCUGCUGCUGCUGCUGCUGGUGAUGUUGUUGAGGACGUUUUUGCAGGGAGCACUUGUAGCCCCGUCUCGUCAUCCGCUGAUGGUCUGUGUGUGUGCUCGCGUAUUUUGUGGUCGUCCCUUGCAGACACGGGGUCGCGAUGAAAAGGGAGCAAAUUCCUCUCGCGAUACAAAAUGUAGCCAGCGAUAUCUCCUGCAAAGACAAACAGACAGAGACACAAGGCUGGAUCACCUGGAAGAGCUUUCUGUACCGUGAGUGCAUUCAUCCAUCCAUUUGCCUUUGGGCUGCUCCUCUCCUCACCAUGGUGGACUCCUGCAGCGGUGGUGGUGGUGGUGGUGGGGCGUUGAUGGUGGGGCUUCGACGGCCUUGACCGUCGUGGGAGGGGGCUGGAGGGGUGACUCGGUGUCGGUGACGGGUCCGGGACAGCUCGAAUUCGAUCCACCUCGCUCCCAGCUCGCCCGCCACCCCACCCUGCACCGUGCUGGUCGGCCGCCACUGGAUGAGGACGUUGUUGCCGCUGGUGUCGCCGUGCACCAGGCCGCUGUCCUCCCCCGCACCGCUGGAGAAGAUGUCGGCCAGUUCGCGCAGCAGCGACACUGCGAGCCGGCGGAAAUGGGGGCCCGUGACUCCCAGACGUGCCAGCGUAACCCGCAGGCGCCGCCUCCUGUUCUCGAGAGGGUCGGGGUCGGAGUCCUUGAACAUGCGGGCUUCGAUGAGAUCGAAGAGGCUGACGACGUCCGUGCACAGUUCAGGAUCGUCCCCGUCGU